CCAUCUGUACUGUUCACCCCCGACGCGAAAUUCUGUGACUGGUAGCCUAUAUACGGCUUAGGUAGCUCGCUGCAACCAGCAGUUUGUUUGACUUUUUGUUUGUUUCUCACUCGCGCGCGCCAGUGCCAGUGGUACGGCGUUCUUUAGUUUGCUCGCGAGACGAUUUUUCUCUCACUAUCGCAACCAUAGGGGCAUUCGUUUGCUGCACGUAACCACCGUCGUGAUAUCACUUCGAUUCUGCAAAGAACAACCAUCGCCGCAGACUGUGAGUGACAAAAUCAGAAUAGACAAAAAGAGGGGAAAGAUACACAUAUAUCUCGCAGGUAUUACCGGAACCGUCCAGCCAUGUACCAAGGAAUAAUGCAUCGCUGAAAGCCCGUGCAUGGGUCGCAAAAGGCACGUCUUGAAUCGAUUCCGUAUCAUACCGGCUGCCAGUCGCGCCCGGUACCGACGCGUCUUCCGCAGGCUGUCCAAGCGGUAUCAUCUUCCAGCGAGCAUCGACACCGGUCGUCGGAAGCUGCUGGAAAAAUACUUCUGCCGACUGAUGCAUAAACAACAGCUAGCGCACAAAUUGAGCGCUCACCAUCGGGAGCAGAAUCUGGUGCUGGACAAACGCGUCGGAACGUCACCCGGAAGUCUUCGGGGUGCUACGAUUCCUGAAUAUUUCAGGAAACGGAUCCUGAGACAACAACGGUUAGCGGAGGCGAUACGUAACAAAGAACAACGGGAAAAGGACGAUCAAGUGGUUGUAGUGGAUGACGACGAUUGCGAAUCGCUAUCUUCCGAUGAUAGUGACGAUUUGGUUGAAGAGACUGAGCAAGACGAAGACGAAGAAGAAGUCGAAUCCACGAAACAGGUGGACAUUCCUGAUCCGACGCUGCUGAAGCAGGAGAAAAAGGAGUACUGUUCCAUACAGGAAAAGGUUCAGAUAAUAAUUUCAAUGCUCAAGUCGAGGGCUCAGGAGCUGGAGAAGAGCAAUGAUGCCACUAAGCGGACCGUUGACCAGAAGGAAAAGCUUGAUGCAGAUGCUCAGAGAUCUCCGGUGAAACCUGAACUGCCAGAAAUCGAUACUGACUUGGAGUCGUUGAAAAAGUAUUACGACAACUCGGAUGAAGAGGAACCCGAAUUGAUAGCUAAGUCUAAGGACGAACAGGAUUCCGAUGUAGAGAUAGUGGACGAAACAGAUUCGAAGCCUGAAAUCGUGUUCGUCGAUACGAACGCUCUGGACGACGAUAGCAAAGAUGAUAAACCGAUUGUGGGCGAUUUGAAAGAGCACAUUCUGCCGACGAAAUCCUUGAAGGAUGUCUCCGCAACUGACCUCUUCGAUCCUACAUUCAGUACGAUCAAACUGGAACCGAUCAAAACGAAAACCUCGGUAGUCGAUUCACUUUUCAGCAGAUUCAACCUGACGCUUCCUACAACUUUCCCAAAAACUGCCACUCCGAGUUCCUCCACAGCAGAUGCUGAAGAAGGUAGCACAAACGGUCGGCUUCGUGACCGUCGGAAGAUUGCCGUCAAACCUCGGUACAUCGAAGAAGAUGAUGAACCGAAAAAGGUACGUCCGUCGAAGAUAUUCGACAAAAUCCACGAGCAGCUCGAUCUCGAUCUGGAGAACACUAAUUCCAAUUCGUCUACGGAAUUCUACGGCUUCGACGAAGGCGACGCCAUUAAACUGGACAAACCGAGCGUACCGGGACUACUUCCGACGCCAAUUGUCAAGAAAUCUCGUCCCAAUGCUCCCUUCCUAGCGCCCGGUACCAUCGCCGAGGACAUCAAGAUCGAAAACCGUGAUGAUCUCUUCCGUGAAGAGGGUCUGAUCUCGUUCGGGUCGCUUCCACCGCGACUCGAAUGUCCCCGGCGACCGGACGAUAUGGUACGGCCAAGAACUGUCGCCCAGAAGCGAAUUCUAUUGCAGAAGAAAAACGACGUCCGUUACCUGAUGAUCGACAACGAAUCGAAAAUCUUCAAUGAAUUGGAGAAACGGGGCAAGAAUAUCGACGUUGAACUGAAUCAGGAUCGAAUGCAAGAAUUGCAAGACCAGAACAUCCCGUUCACCAGGGAUACGUGGAAAGCUUUGGCGUGGUUAAGAACCGAGAAAGGGAAGUACUUCUUCCAAACCCUUCGAGUCGAUAACUAUUACGUCAAGCUGACCGGUUGUAGAGGCAAUCAUCCCAGUAAAAGAAUGGGUAAGAAGCAGCUAUCGGCUCCAGCCACCGUUAGCCGGAAACACAUCUGUCACUGCCCCGAGUGUCCGACAAACGUAAACAUUGAUCUCAGUUUGAUUCUACCAUCGGAUGAAGUGCAGAUCAAAGGUGAGCCAGAAGAAACAGUUUCCGUCGAGAACGAGGAGGACAAAAAGUUGCUGCGAACCCCGUCCCAACUGCCGAUCCGAACACGGCCAGGUCCGCUUUCGUCCAAGUUCCGGUACGAUAGUCAGUUGUUGAAUCGAACCGAGGAUGGUGUGUACCUCGGUCCUCUGGAAAUCUUCGAAAUGCCAAGCGUGGAAAUCGAAGUAUUUCCUCGCAUUGAUCGACCGCUGGAUCCAACCGUUAAACCGUACCUUAAAAUGAUGCUCCCGUUCCGGGGGAUCACCGAGAAAUGGGCACGUUUUGCCGUUUCUACGCUGAAGACUCCCGACCGAAAAGAAGAGGAUAUUCCAGCUGAGGAUCGGUCGUUUUCCUUCACCAUGCCCUACCUGAACAACCAACGGAGGAUUCUCAUUCGCCGGAGGGUGAUGCAACCGAGCGCGCCAAAACAAUCGGCGGAAAGUUUAGAUAGAUUCGAAAAGGAGCUGAAGGAACCACUUAUGUUUAGGAAACAUUUGGACGAUCCGGAACAAGCGGGCGAGGUUGAUCCCGUGGAGAAGGAGUGCGCCGACAUACUCUCGGAGCUAACGGAUGCGGUUGCUGUGGGUAUGGCGGGAGAUGUAUUCAUAAGUGACGAUCCGGACGGCGACUAUACCAAAGAGGACAAACCGGUGGAAAGGUCGGUCGUUCCCCAGGACUCGACCAAGAAUCUGGAGAAUGCGGCCAAGUCCAAAAGAAUGCUAUGUAUGAUUACCUCUUCCAGCCGCGAGAUGAAACGCCUGAACGCAACAAUCAUUGAAACCAUGCCGGAACCGAUGGCAUCUUUGGCAGAGGACCACAAAACGCGCUGUGACGAGCAAUACUGUGCCCGAGGAUGCAUCUGCGACGUCUUCUCCACCAAACACGCUAACGUCGCUCGGGCUCACUGCAGCAAGCUUGACUGUAUCUUCGGAUGCCAGUGCGGGUACGACAAGAAACGCACGACCACCAAAGAUCUUCACACCGAUUUCAGCGAGGAAGGUCUGUCGGCCUUGACGAGCGAGGACGUAAAGUAUCUCAGGGAAAAGGCUACGGCAAAGUUGGCAAAGGAGGAGCGGGACUUUACUCCAACUGUGAUAAUGACCACCAACAGUACGGUUCUGGUUCGGAAUACGGAAACGGAAAUGAGGAGGAAUAAGAAGAAACCGAAGAAAUAUGACGACUACUACAACGAGAAUAGCGUGAAGAACUUGAUGAACGGUAUCAUUCCAAACGAGGAAGAACCGCGCGAAGCUUCCGUUGAACGAACGAGGACAAGUUCAGUCGUUGGAAAUCAACCGUUGAGCUUGCAGGAUCGCAUUCGACAUACACACGUAGUUCUGAACAAACUUCAGGAUCUGGAGAACAUUGAACCUUGGUGCAUGAUCCACUGCCUGUACCGGUGCUACUGUCAUGGCAAUGCAACCCACGGUAAACCGUUCAAGUUCAACGAGGAAAGUGACAUAGUCCUCCCAACACCGGCGGUCGUACCAAAACCGGAUCCUCUGCUGCAGGUUUAUGAGCCUCGGCGAAGGCGACUGUAUUCGUUUGAGAAGACUGAAACCAUAACGGAGGAAGUGAGGGAACCAUUCCGGAAACGGGACAGUUCAGAAGAAUCCUACAAACCGUGGAAUGAGAGGCGUAAGAAAAAGAGGAAAACGCUAGAAGACCAACAGCCAAAGUCUCCGGAUAAGAAAAUCAGUGGUGAAUCAGAACCAUCCUCGACGAGGGCAUCGAUCGAAGAUCUGCAGAUCAACGAUGGCCAAACGUGCCGACGAGCUAUUCCUGUGAACAAAAAUUUCUACAGAACCAGAAACUACUAUCGGAAAGGACGGUACCUGAAGGAGAAUGAAGAAAUGAAGCGAAAAAAUCCUCACGCUGAGAAACGACUGAAGGUGCUCUUGGAAAAGUGCGAGAAGGCGUUCUUUGAGGAACGUAAACAAGAGUUGGAAGCACAGGCAAGAAGUGCCAUGAAGACCCACGAUCGCCAGCGGCAGAUCAGCGAAGGAGACUUGGACGGCAAGCAACGAAAAGAGCCCAUUAAGGAACCGAUCUUCUUCGAUAUUGUGGGAACUGAUGCAAAGAUUCAGCAGAACAUGUUACUUUCCCCACUGGUUGACAUGACCAAGACGCUUAUCUACUGCGGGAAGAAGAAGUAUUACGUGGAAAGCAGUGCGAUCGAAAGCGGAAAAAUCAAUCUGAUGAACAUUGCACGCAAGUUCCGGAGGACGGUUUGCAUUCUCAAAAGGGUGGAGAGUGAUCCCCGCGCUAAACCCAUAACGUUCAGCUACAAGAACGAAACUAUCAUGCUUAAAGGUCGGAAGUAUCGCAUGAAGGAGCCCUACGAGCAACGGCCGAACGAGCACGUUGACUUCGAUAGCGAGAGUGAUGGUCAGGAAUCAACCACGUCUUUGAUCCAGGAAACUGGCAACGAAGACGACGCCCAAAAGGUGAUGCUCGAUCAGGUCAACUCGGAUAUCAUGCACACGAUGCAGCACAUUCGGGAGAUGAUGCGCAAGAACUCUUCGCGGCUCAACCCACCGAAGAAAGGCAUCCUGUAUCUGUUCAGGUGGGAGAAGUUCCUGCAGGCUUUCAACGAAGACACGGUCGAUGUAUGGGAUAUGACGUUUCAGAAUGGUUCUGAAUUGGUGAUCAUUACAACGGAAAACAACAGAAAGAACACGCCAUCCUUCAAAAACACCAAAUCAGUCCGCUUCGCCCGGAAAAGCACCUUCGAAACGCGCGGCGUUUCCUUGCUCACAAAAAUGAUUCUCUUCCAGAUCGACAACCCGGAAACGAACAAACUUUCGUUGGUGCUGUUUGGAACGGAAAACUACUGGCGCUUUUGUGGUUUCAUCAAAGCCGAUUGCAACUUCCUCGACAAGGGGUGUGAGGUUCGUCCAACUCCAGCUUCUCACCCAAAACUAGCUCCGAAGAUCAAUCGCUACUUCGAAGCCUUCGUAGCCAGCAGAAAGAAAGCUGAAGAAGCCGCCGCCAAGCCUACGGCCAGCGAUGGUGAGCCUUCUAAAGUCCUCGGUGUUCCGAAACCUAUCAAGGAGGAAAAGCCAACUGAAACCCCACUGGAUCCUGUGGACAUACCGGCCGCAAUAGCGAUGGUUAAAUCCAACGUCAAACUGAUGGAAACCAAAAUCAAAGAUUUCAAAAAUAUAGCCAUUCCGAAUGUGGGCAUGCGACGGUGGUUCAUGUUGAACGUGGCGAACGAUUUCAGCGAUAUCUAUAUUCCGAGCUGGAAGUCCUGUCUUACCUACGGCAGGAUUAAGCAAGCAAUCCAGUUGGCCAAUCGGUACAAGAAAACCGUAAGACUAACGUCGAUUGCCCUCAAGGCCGACCAGGAGGACGUCCUACCGCAGAUCUACGCCGCUCCGAUGCAGGGCGAGUGUAUCUUUCUAGGCCCGUACAGCUACACGCAGAACAUCGACUUGAUUCUGUGCCAGAACGUAGACGGGAAGAUGUAUACAAGGGAGGAAUACGAACGGAAUAACCACAUCGUGCGGACGGAGCAUACUACCGGUUCGUGGUUGUACAUGAAGCCGAACGUGACAUCGACGACCACGACGACGUUGGUAGCGGAGCCGGGUUCGGUGGCGAAGCCGACCGACGUGAAGAUAUCGUCUCCCACUCCCACCGCUGCCAUUUCUUCACCCGACGACGAUUGUGUCGUUAUCGAGGACGAUGAAGAAUCUAUCAAGCCACCCACUCCCAUCGUGGUGACACCCGUGGAACCUCAAGAGAAGCCCCCGUCUGAACCAGAAACUCCCAACAACAACAACAAAAACAGCCAGCUGGAAUCUCUCAUCCAUCAGCUGUACAACGAUUCCGAUUCGGACGAAGACACUCCGUCGGAAACGUCGUCGACCGUUUCGAAAUCCACUACCUCCACGACCGUCACAGUCAGUUCAUCGGAACAGCAACAAAGCAAAGCUGCAUUAGCCACAAAUCAGCUUUCGUUACUCGUAGAAAAGACCAUCUCCGAAAGCAAACAGCUGCAAAUCAAAGCCCCACCGGUAGCCAACAAAAGUGCCAUCUCAAAUCGACGCAUGUCCUACGUUCCGGCUCCUACCUUUGCCACUCCGGCAGCGCCCGCCGAAAGGAAGCAGCUGCAGAUCCCACAUAGGAGGCUCUCCUACAUUCCGGCAGCUACCACAACCAUUGCAGCGCAUAAUCCUAGAAUUACGAAACUAACAAAUUUACCGAAUGUCAAUCUAAAUUUGAAACGAAAGUCUACAGGGUCGACAGAGAUCGAAGUUAAACCUACUGCUGGAGAACAAAACGCCAAGAAGAACCGGGUGUCUUUACCAGCGCAGACGCCAGCGGUAGAGGAAGUCGUUUGCUUGGACGAUGACGACGACGACCAAAACGAAGCUAGUCCAUCGGCUGCUACCAAGCCGAAACCACCUUCAUGUACGACUGUCUUGAAUAGUCAGCAGGCAGCCCUGAUAGCCAGUAAGAUCAAUUUGUUGAAUCCCAACCAGAAGGGCGUGGUAUACAAUCCGUCUACCGGCGUCCUGCGCAUCAAACGUUCCUUGAUGAAUAGUUUGGCCGAAGGAACUAACGUUGUCAUUCCGCCUUCAUCGAGCUCAAAACCCACUUCCAAUUCGGCGCUCGGUAACAACCUCACCUCGGCAAACCCUCAGGUGGCGUCAACGUCAGUAACGCCUACCGCCAUAAAGGCUGCACCUAGUUCGAUCGUAACUCCAUCAGUCACCCGGCAGCAGCUUACCGACAAACCAAAACCAACCGUAUCGGGAGAUGGCUCUCAGCUGCGAAUCGAACCACCGAAACAGCCCACGGAUGGUGUACUUCGAAGUAACAUUCCCGGACUGGGAAUGGUCCCGGUACGGUGGUCGACCACCGAUAUCAUCAUCAAAGUGCGAGAACUGUCCGUCAAGCAGCAGUUUGUGCGGCUGGCGAACUUUGAAGCAGCCGUCGUUCUACUGAAUCGGUUCAUUCGGAAGAACACGUACACAUUCAAACCGUUCUCGUUGACCAUUGGAUGGAAAUUCGAGGCUAAGUCCAAUGCGUUAGCCGCAGAGGAGCAACUCAUCAAUACCAUUAAUCUCAGAUGCGUCGUCACAACUGAUGGCAUCAUCGACCUGUACAAAGCGAGUGCUAUCAUCGCCUUCCAAAAUACGAAGCCCAAUUUCUACGAGGAACUUCUGCUGCUCCGUCUAUCGAUACUUUGCUGUAAGAAGGAACAAUACGAGCAGGAACAGUGCCAUAAAUACUUUGAAAACAUCUUCGUCAAGGCCACCAACACGAUCAAGGAGUUAGCAUCGGCUUCGGAAGCUCUGUCGACACAAAGCAACUUCCUGCGGGAGCAACAGAAGGAACGUCGUUCCUAUAUUGCCAAACUGAAGGGACAUCAAGGCGUUCGCAUGCCGCAACCCACAAUCCAGAUGGUGUCGAAGCGAGUCGCCGUACCGCAAUCGAUACUGGAUUGUGUUUCCAAACCCCCAACAGCGGCAACACCAUCGACGACUGUCACGACGACCAGUCCGACGGCAGCCAGUCAACCAAAAGAGUCUGUGAUUGUAUUGGACGACGAUUAGAUUCGUCCGUCCCGAUUGGAAAAGAAAAUCAGUUCAUUACCUCACCGGUAAGUAGGUUGACUACUUUUCUGUAUAUAAGUGUUAUUCGAUUAUAUCUUCGAUGAGAUGUUAGGUAAAUGUUACUACAUUCAGUUUUAUUUUAAAACGUAAAUUUCGGAUUUCGUUCAACAGUUUUCGUUUGACUUUCGUUGAGAAAAGUUUAGCAAAAUUAUGCCUAGCUAAGUUUUAAGUAACACUCACUAAAUCUUGAGAGAAAGGGAUCUCAGUUUAUAAGCACACAAACGAUUGUCUCGGUAAGAUGGUUCAUCAGAUACUCUAAGUAGCAAACGAUUCAAAUCUUUAGCAUCACAAUAUAAGCUA